UGUUUUUCUAGCUCGCGGAAUCUGGUGUAGUAGCUGGAUCUUCAGCAUCUGCUGCAGCUAGGGCACAAGCUCUAUCUGCCACAUCCAACAAAAGAGGACUGACCAACUCUGCCGCCUUAGGACCUGCUGAUACCUCUACAAACUCAAGGUCUAUCAAAUUCUGAAUCCAAUGCUGGUGCAGGGGCUACUUCUAUCUCCCGUAACUCCAACAACCUUAGCGUUGGUCAAUCUAAGGCUGGUGCUGCAGCUGUCUCCACCUCCCAAAGCUCCAACAAUGUCAACAUAGUUCAAUCUAGCUCAGGCGCAGGAGCCUUAGCAUUGAGGUCAGGUGGUGUUUCCCAAUCCAGCAGUCUGGCUGGAGCUUCAUCUUCUGUUAUUGGAUCUUACUCACCUAUUAGUCAAGUGCAGGGUAUUAGACGCGUAUCAGGACAAGUUGGACUUGCCGGACUACCAGGCCUGAAUGGUCUACCUGGCUCCAACGGACCUUCCGGACCAGCAGGUCCCCCAGGUCCACCUGGACCCCCAGGACCCCCCGGCCCGUCAGGUAUUCCAGGCAUUAACGGACUUCCAGGACCUCAAGGUCUCCCCGGAUUGGACGGUAUGCCAGGACUGCCAGGACCAAUAGGACCAAUAGGCCCAGUGGGACCUCAAGGCAUUGCAGGACCUGAAGGACCGAGCGGACAAGAAGGACCUGCUGGACCAGCUGGACAACCAGGACAACGAGGACCUCAGGGAUUGAGAGGACCCAGAGGACUACCAGGUAUCCAAGGAUCAAUCGGACCCGUGAUUCAAUCACAACCCAUUCAAACCCUUGCUGUAUCUGGGUCAUCAGCAAGAAGAUCGACUAGGGUAGCUGACGGUGUAUCAUCUUCAGGUGCCAUAUCUGGGGCAACUGCUGGAGCAGUGUCAGGAGCAGGAGCUAUAACUGGCCCUUCUACUGUAUCUAGAGGAUCUUUUUCUGUUGGUACGCAGUCUAGAGCAAUUGCUGGGUCUAGAGUAGCUGGAGGAGUGUCAGGAGCAGGUGCUGCUGCAGGUGCGGCAGCUGUCUCAGAAGUUUCUGGAGUAUCUAGGGGAUCUUCCUCUGCCAGUGCCAUUGGUGGUGCAGUAGCUGGCUCAAAGUCCAAUGGAGCAGUCAGUGGAUCAGCUGCUCAAGCUGAUGCAAGAUCUAGGUCUAAAGGUGUAUCUGGGUCAAGUAAAAAGAGUGUCGUUGCAGCUGGGGCUAAAGCUAGAUCUGGGUCCGUCAGUGUUGCAUAAGCAACCUAAGAAGGAUGAGGAAUGUCGAAUCGUAAAUGUGGAUUUGGAAUUUGCAACUAAAUGUUAUAGCAAUUACAGUUCAGAGUUUAUGUAGCACAUAGUUUCGAUAGCAUUUUAUCCAUAAAUAGCUGACAAGAUCUAAAACAAUGGAUCAACCUCAAUGUAUCCAGCAGUAAAUGUAAAAAAACUCAGAAGUCAACACAGUUGACCGAAGCGUUCGUACCUUCAGUCACGUAGACAAUAUAUUUUAUAAAUGUUAUCUACCUAGUUUCCACAAAACCGCAAACUGUACUUUUUUGUUACGUAGCCAAUUUAAUGUCAAAGAUGAAUAACAAAAUAAAAUACAUCACCU